AUGGUGAUUUCGCUCCAUGCGGCGACGGCUCUGGAGGUGCUUCUCCUCCUCCCCCGGCCAAUCUCCAUCGGUGUCCCCUCCGGCCAGCCCGCGGCUUGCUCGUCCUCUUCCGGCCAACCUCCACUGGCGUCUCCUCCGCCGGGCCCUCUGCCAGUCCCGCGUAUCCUCCUGCCCCAGCUGCAGCAGCCCGCGGCAUCUUCGACCUCCAUCGGCGCGCACAAGUGGGGGCAAUGGAAUUCAGGUGAAAGUCACUCGGUGCAGAUUCUUGCGUAUGCCAGAGGACUAUCUGAAUUUUUCUGGAUGCCAUGUCUAGCGAUUGAUAUGAAUGGAAAAGCCUUUGAAGGAUACAGCAAACAAGCUGCUGGUUCAUAGGCUACACUACUUUUUGGUACAUCAGAAUCCCAGUUUACAAGAUAAUCCCCUCCACUACUUUUAACUUUUCCCCAUGUUAUUAGACAUGUUUGAAUUGUUGUUCAGAUACAUUGUUGGUUUCAUGCAUGUGAAGCAAAGUUUGUGACAUAAACAUCAUGUUGGCUAUC